UGAUCAUAGGAAAAUACUAGAUGGAUAGGGUUCUUUGCUCUUUUUCUUUUGUGUUUUAUUGAUUUUUUCUUUUUUUUUAAGAAUCACCCGAAUCGUUAGGAAUUGAGACAUUGCACCGAUUCCGGAUUCCCGAUUCUUGAAACCCUGUUCAGGUCACUUCUGAGGGAUGAGGAAGUCAAUGGUGCACUGGCACAUUUUCCUUAUCGUUCCUGAAUGGCUUUUAUUUGGUUUUCAUUGGAGGUUAAAAAUGCUGAAAAUUGAUGGGUUUUCUUUGUAGAGGUUAAAAGUAACGCUUACUUGCGCAGAUUUUGCAGCAAGAACUUAUGAACCUCUCAUAAGUUCUUGCUUCUAAAAUUGAUCGAUUCUCUGUUUUUGACUUCUCAAUUCUCAUUCUUACAAUUUUCCUUCUCACAGACAUGAGAUCUUGAAAUAGAGUGGAGGUGAUUUAUUAAUUACAGAAACCAAAGCCAAUGCUGGCAUCUUCAAGUUUGUCUUGUCCUUUGCAACGAUAUCUGCCCUCUUAAUGUGUCCAGAUUUCGGUGUGUGAGAAGGAACUGCACAGCAACUCAAGAACAGAGGAGGGUCAUUUCUCUGUAAAAUCAACGGUGAAGUUUGAAGGUUUCAAUAAUUACCAAAUGCAUAAAGUUGCUAGUUUGGUCUUCAAUUCCUUUGAUGCCCUUGGAAGAUAGGGUAAACGGACUGGAGAAUGAUAAAUCAAGCAGAUCUGAUACCCAUGAUUUUUUUUGUGGGGAAUUUUUAGUACAUUAUGAAGAAGAUAAAAUUUCCAAAACGGUAUGUGAUCGUCAUUUUAACCUUCCUCAGUACACUUGUUUGCUAUGUGGAACGUGUGGGCUUCUCAAUUGCUUACACAGUUGCUGCUGAUGCUGCUGGGGUGAACCAGUCUACCAAAGGCACUAUACUUUCCACAUUCUACUAUGGGUAUGCUUGUUCACAAGUGCCAGGAGGAUGGGCAGCACAGAGGAUGGGUGGAAGGCGUGUUCUCCUACUCUCAUUUGUCUUAUGGUCUCUGACUUGUGCUUUGGUCCCCCUAGAUCCCAACCGAGUCUAUAUUAUGGUAAUGGCCCGCUUACUAGUUGGGGUUGCACAAGGUUUUAUAUUCCCUUCCAUCCACACAGUCCUAGCACAGUGGGUACCAGCAAAUGAACGAUCACGCUCGGUGUCUGUCACAACUUCUGGCAUGUACCUUGGUGCAGCAGCUGGCAUGCUUGUGCUGCCAAGCUUCGUGAAAUUUAAUGGACCCCAGUCAGUAUUUUUAGCCGAAGCUGCUCUAGGUACCUUCUGGUCUCUACUUUGGUUUAAAUAUGCUAGUGAUCCACCUUACUCUGAUCAUCGUAAGACUACAACUGCUGGCUUUGGGGAGUCUCUGCUGCCAAUCAAAGGGGGGAAACUGAAGGCUGAAAAUGGUGGAAAUGUGGUCCAUGCUGCCAAAAUCCCAUGGAAACGAAUAUUCUUUAGCUUGCCAGUUUGGGCAAUUGUGGUGAAUAACUUCACUUUUCAUUAUGCGUUAUACGUGCUGAUGAAUUGGUUGCCCACAUACUUUGAGCAAGGCCUUCAGCUUAGUCUUCAGGAGAUGGGUUCUUCAAAAAUGCUGCCUUACCUCAACAUGUUCAUAUUCUCCAAUAUUGGUGGGGUGGUUGCAGACCACUUAAUCACCACAAAGGCCUUGUCUGUGACCAGGACUCGCAAGGUUUUGAAUACUAUUGGGUUCGUGGUGGCUUCCUUUGCAUUAAUGGCACUUCCAACUUUCAGAACUUCUGGUGGAGCCGUCUUUUGUUCUUCGUUGGCUCUUGGUUUCCUCGCCCUGGGUAGGGCUGGGUUUGCAGUAAAUCACAUGGAUAUUGCUCCAAGGUACGCAGGAAUUGUAAUGGGAGUUUCUAAUACCGCUGGGACAUUGGCAGGCAUUGUUGGAGUUGAUCUAACAGGUCAGCUUCUUGAAGCUGCUAAAACUGCUAAUAUGGAUCUUUCAAGUCCAGGAAGCUGGAGAUCAGUGUUUUCAAUCCCAGGAUACCUCUGUAUUUUCAGUUCACUUGUAUUUCUACUGUUUGCAACUGGGGAGAAGAUUUUUGACUGAGAUGGUCAACCCAAUAACUUUGAAAUGCUUUUGGGAAAUGUUAAUGUAUCAUUGGCCCUCUAGCCUGGUAAAAACUUCAAUAGAUUUUUUUGUUUCUGGGAAUUCCCUCAGAUGUACCUAAGCACAUUGUUUGGCAACAAAGAGGUAUACUUUUUAAUGUUUACAGCCAUAAAAGGGUUAAAUCCCAAUUUUGUA